AUGGAUGGUCUGGGUUUCCCUCAUAAAUUCAUCCAAUGGAUAUCAUCUCGUCUCCAUAGUGUUAGUUACUCUAUCCUGAUAUAUGGAGAAAUAAUAGAACCAUUUCCGGCUGCUAAGGACCUCAGACAGGGUUACCCUGUGUCCCUAUUUUUGUUUGCUUUAUCCAUGGAAUAUCUGAGUAAGCUUCUCACAGACCCGAAGAAUAAUAGGCACUUCCAUUUACAUCCAAAGUGCAAGAAACUAUGCAUUACUCAUUUGAGUUUUGCUGAUGGUCUUCUAUUGUUUGCUAGGGGAGAUAAUCAGUCUGUGGCAUUGUUGCAGCAAUGCUUUGAUCAGUUCUCCACAACAUCUAGACCGAAAGCUAAUCUAAACAAAAGUUCUGUAUAUUUUGGUGGAGUGGACACUAUAGAACAAGCUCUUAUUCUUCAGCAACUAGGCUAUGUGAAAGGUGACCUACCAUUUAGAUACUUGGGAGUACCUCUUAAUACUAAGAAGAUGAAGGUGACACAAUGGCAACAAUUAAUUAACAAAAUUGAAACAAAAACAUCCUCAUGGACUGCAAGAAAAUUGUCAUAA